GUCUGGGAGAUAUACCAAACCGUUCUUUUCGAGGACCGCUCCGCGCCCCAGACAGGAAGUAGAGGGUUGAUGUUGAAUGUUCAAGAGGAUCAUAUUAAAGUCAUCAAAGGAGCUGUAGCCAUUGGAUCAAGGCAAAAACCUGGUCAAAACCUGUUGGUGAGCCAGAAUGAAGCCUUUCGUGGCAUGCUUCGUGCUGGUGCUUCCUGCAGCUGCAUAUCCAUCGAGCAUGAACUACUGCGACCACAACUGCAUGGCUGCGAAGACGCCUGGGGGCUCAUUUGGUUCCAUGGGUAUUGCCACCUUCAGUGACCCCAUCACGGAUGCUGGGUGCAAGAUUACCACCGACGUCCCAUCCGCGGGAUUUACCUCCGGAACUGCCUACACAGUCACGGUGACAUCUGCGAAUGCGUUGGCGCAGAGAGUCUCUUGCAGUACCGGGUCCUUUGGCAACGCCGCCUACGCAAACAUUGGGUACAAGGUGACGACCAUGGGCCAUUCCUGGACAGCUCCGUCUAGUGGGACAGAAGCAUCGUUCGUUGCCUUGUGCGGCGAUUCCAGCAUCAUGAACCUUGCGGCGACAGUGACGGUUUCCGCAGCAACCACCACUUCUACGACCGCAAUGAGCACCACCACCACGAGCGCUGACACGACCGCUACAACGACGGAUGCGGACACGAGCACUGCAGCAACGACGGAUGCGGACACCAGCACGAGCGCCACGACGAGUGUCGCAGGCACAUCCACAGUGGGCAUGACAAGCUCAACUGUGGGUCAGAUGUCCGGCGGCGCCGCCCAAGCCACUGCGACCCUUUUGUCUUCAAUCUUCAUGACCUACUUCCUGAGGAUUUGAUUGGUUCACCUCAUUUUGCGCAUCAGUCAAGUGAGGGAGCAGAGUCCUUGGAUCUUCCACGAUCUUCCGCAAGGAAAGCUUGCCAUCCUUUCUCUAAAAGCCUUUUGAGGAUUGCUUGAGGAGGGACCAAUUCUACGGAGUCUGACCUUCUAAGAAGGUCGCUGCAGUGACGAUGUAACGUGAAUUAUUGUCCUUCUUUCCGGGCGGGAACAAGAAAAGCUGACCUGGAUUUGCUUGUUCGUUUUGGUCGUUGGUGUGUGGUAAGUAUUGCACGAAAAGGAUCUCCGUGCCGAGCCGCAAGUCCACAGAGUUCAUGUAGCUGCGUAACUGCUGGUGGCGCAAAGGUUCGCCACCUUGAGCAUCCAGUGAAAAGCAAGAGCAUC